AACACCAAAAGGGAAAACUCUAAGUUCCACAAUGCACCGGGACAGAACCUGCCUUCGCAAGUGUCUCCUGGGAGCUGAAGUUCACUGGGGGCAAGGCCGGUCCCGCGGCAGGCGAGAGAAAUGACUAGGAGCCGCAGGCUGCCUGGCUCAGCCGUUUGUCCUCGCUGGCCCCAUUUCGGGUAACAGCAGCAAGGAGAAGAAGAGAACUCAGUGCAAAGAGAUGGAGAGUGCUGUGUGGAAGGCAAAGAAGAGGGUCCUCCCGCCAUGGAUGGCAGCAAGGGAAGUGAAGCCAAGAAAGACUAUGUCAGCAGUGAGAGCCAAGAGGGCGAAGAAGCCAGCUGUGGCAAGGACCGUGACUAUCUAUUGUAUGAACGAAGCGGAGCUGGUGGAUGUGGCAUUGGGGGUCCUGGCUGAGAAUUGUAAAUACAAGGAAAUGGAGGGGAACGUUCCAUCUGAAACCGAAGGGGAGCAGGAAGGCCAGCAAACGCCGACGGAGCCUCAAUGGAGUCCAGCAAGCAGUGGCGGGGCCAGCACCCCCAGGCCGGGCCCCGGGCCCCACGCUCAGCCAGAUGCUUUGGGCUGUGCUAGCAGGACAGACACGGAGGACGACGAGGAUGAUGCUUUGAAAUACGUCCGGGAGAUAUUUUUUAGCUAACAUCUCGCAGGGUUUUUUUAAGCAGAGAAAAAAUAAUGCCAAGGGAACCAUAGUGUGGGGGGAAGGGUGGGGCAGACCCAGAGGCUGGCUCCAGUGGGUGGGGGUACGGCAGUGUGGGGCUGUACGGGUGCCCCCUAUAUCCUCCCAAUUCAAAGGAAGCCCGGAGCAGUGGUGUGGAUGGGGCCCCAGGAGAAGGGAGCAGGAGAGAAUGUCGGAGAGGAGCUUGCCCUUGCUCUGCCAUGAGCUGCAUGGCCAAUGUCUCGUUCAAGUACAGUCCUUGCCCAGCGUGUCUGAGCCUUGGGGAUAGCCUCUCACCUACCCCUAACACUCCCCCAUUCAUAGCCUCUUCCAUGUGAGCCACGGGUCCCCUCCUCCCCAGGCCAGCUCCCCAGCUGAUACUAAGUGGCCUCCUGAUUGUCAGUCUCUGCCCAGAAGUCAUGGAGACUGAACUCCCCUCCCAGCUCGGGUGGAGCUCGGCAGGGCAGGGCAGGGCAAGCACUUGAAGGUGAGGGGAGACUUGCUGUGCAGCAACCUGUGAUCUGUGAGUAAACAGUUUGUUCUGCAGGGCUGUCACUGGGGCACCUUUUAUCAGUAUUAUAUUAACUUCGAAAGGUUA